UUUUUAAAAAGAGGUUUCAGAUGUUAUCUGUAAUGUUUAUGGGUAUUUCGGGCAGGAUAAUGUUAAGUUGGGUGUAUCUGCCAUCUGCUGCAUACUGACACAGGUAAUUGACCGCAAUUACGGGAUUGUAAAAAGCGUUUACGUCUUCAUGGAACUCCUCAUUACAACUUGUAAAAUGGGAAUUUCCUGAGAGCUACGACUUGUAGGCUACCACCUAAACGCUGAUUUUGACCGCUUUAGUUUUCCAAGUCGCCACAAUAACGUUGUUCUGUUUCCGGUGGUAAAAACAGCCAGGAUUUAAUAAGUUCCCGAGGAAAUUGGUUAACUUUUUACAGGAAGAAAUGAUGGCUGCUUCCCGAGGACUUCCAAGGAUUUUGCUAAUGUUCAGUUUAGUACUGAACAGCACUAUAGGUGUUGACACUGGCUGUGAUGACUGGACUCUUAAUGGAAAUGAUGUCUGCUGCAAGAGAUGCAAGCCAGGGAACCGCUUGGUGGAGAGUUGUGGAAGAGACCCAGAAAAGCUCUGUAUCCCCUGUGAACCUGACACUUACAUAAUCAGUCAUGAAUUCCACUGUUUGAGAUGUACCCAGUGCAUAGGUAAACAGUUUACGCUUAAAUCUUGCACUAUCAGCAGCAAUACCGUAUGUGGAUGCAAGGCUGGAUAUCGGUGUGGAAACGACAAAUGUUCUUUCUGUGUUACUGAAUGCAAGGAGGGGGAGGAGCCAACCAAAGAGCGAUCUUGUAGAAAAUGUCCAGAGGGAAAAUUCAAUGAUAAAAUCCACAGUAUGUGCAAAGAAUGGAGAAAAAGUUGUCCUGAUGGACAGACUUUGGUCAAAGGAAAUGUUACCAGCGACAGUAUGUGCACAUAUUUAGAAGAACCUAAACAAGAACCCUUACCUGUUUUGACAGAUAAAAAAGAACCGACUAAAUGGCUUUCAGUUUUCAUUGCUGCAGGGAUGGCAGGGUUGGCUGUCCUUUGUAUCAUAGCAUCAGUGGUUGCAUAUGUAAAGGCACAAAACAAAACAGAGAAGCCAAAAACCGAUACCCCUGACCAAGACCACUCAGAUGAGUCCAGGAUAAUGGCUGUUGAGCAAGAAGACUGUAGUUUCCGUCAUCCUGAGCAGGAACAGGGCGGCAGCUCAGAGUCCAUCAAUACGCAAGACUCAGAGUCUAAACUCAUAGUGUGAGUUCACUGGGACAGCAUUAAUUUUCUUAUCUGACUCUAGCAUUGCUUCAAGAACAAGAGGGCACAACCACUAAACAUCUACUAAACUGUGAAAUACAUACUUGACUGGGUGUCUGUCAGCCAUUCCAUGUGGUGUAUCAGUGAUAAAUGGGAACAAAAUGGGUAGUUUCAUUUGUUCUGGAAAACAAAAUGAACUUUCACAUCAGAGUUUUUAACUUCUGAAGUAUAGUGCACCUUAAUAACACAGAGAUGAGAGGUUGUUAACGUAGGUGUGCAGUAGCAGACAAUAUGUCAACACUUUUAUGAGAGUAGGCGUCAUCUACUGGCGCUUGCGUCACAUUUUCAGGUCAAAGCCCUCUUGAAAUACCCUGGUGGGCUUCCCCACUUUUCUGUUUAAAACAGCACCUUUAAAAAAAAUUAAAAAAAGCUCUUUGGACCAAGAACAAAGAGGA